CAGCACACAUCUGAGCCAUAGAAGAAACCCAGCGGAUCACUCUCUGCUGCUAACAGUCGCCAACCGGCUAAUCUUCUGGACAACGCAGUUUGAAGUUAUUUUAAUCGCAGUUUUCUUUAUUGGCUGUUUUUCACUCUUCGUAAUCAAGCGACAUCACAAAACGUUGCCGGUGACAAGUGCUAGAUACCCACUGAGGGACAAGUUUAACAACACUAUAUGUUUUUGCCACUGUUCCUGCCUCGGAGGAUGCUAGCGCACAAGCAAGCCAGCUAGCUUGCAAAUCCGAAGGAGCGAAUAAGCAGCGCUCCGGAUGCUCUGAAGUGCAGCGAGUUUUUUGGAUGAGUUUUUCGUUGCAUUAUGUCAAGCAGUCGGACGCAGCAAGGCGGCGGUGGCGGUGCGAGUUCGGUCCCCAGCACUAGCAGUAACAGCAGCGGCGGCGGAGGGAGCAAUGCCGUGACAAGCAAUGGGAACAAUUCUGGAAAUGUUGUGCCCUCCCGGACUCUGCCUGCAGCUGGAGAGGGGGGCUCGUCUGUGCCGACUUUGGCCACUGUACCGUCGUCCCGGGGCGGCUUUCCUUCCCUUAGCAGACCCUCUGCGUCCUCAGGCAACAGAAGGAAAUCCCUCCACCAGGCACCCUUAUACAACGGCCUCUUGAAUUCUUAUGAGGAUAAAAGCAACGAUUUUGUCUGUCCCAUUUGCUUUGAAAUGAUAGAGGAGGCGCACAUGACCAAGUGUGGACACAGUUUUUGUUACAAGUGUAUACGCCAGAGCUUGGAGGACAGUAACAGAUGUCCCAAGUGUAAUUAUGUUGUUGAUAAUGUGGAUCAGCUGUUCCCCAACUUUUUAGUAAAUGAGCUGAUCCUAAAACACAAGCAAAGAUCAGAGGAGAAGAGGCUGAAAUUAGACCAUCCUAAUGGUUCUCGGUGGCAGGUCUUCCAAGAUGUUUUGAGUCCUGAUCAAGAAAACCUGGAUCUGGCAAAUGUCAAGCUGAUGUUGGAGCUUUUGAUUCAGAAGAAAAAACAGCUGGAAGCUGAAUCACAAGCAGCCCAGAGGCAGAUCCUCAUGGAGUUCCUUAAAGAAGCCCGGAAAAAUAAAAAAGAGCAAUUAGACCAACUUCAGAAAGAGCUCAACUUCCUUGAGGAGGACAUCAAGCGUGUUGAGGAGAUGAGUGGACUUCACUCCCCAGUGAUGGAAGCGGAGUGUACAGUGCCAAACGUCGAGGCACCCUCUCCAGGUCCAAGUUGUAGUAGCAUCAUUGAGCCUGCAGAUUACACACAGCCUCCAGGAUUUGGUGGAAGCACCCAGGGGAAGCGACAGACGUGGUACAACAGCACUUUAGCGUCAAGGAGGAAGAGGCUGACGGCUCAUUUCGAUGAUCUUGAGCAGUGCUACUUCUCCAGCAAAAUGUCACGCAUCACAGAUGAGGGUAGGACCUUAAACCAGCUGGAUGACUUCAUGGAGUGUUUGUCUAAAUUCACGCGCUACAACACUGUGCGGCCGCUGGCCACGCUGUCCUAUGCCAGCGACCUCUAUAAUGGCUCCAGUAUCGUCUCCAGCAUCGAGUUUGACCGUGACUGUGACUACUUCGCCAUCGCUGGCGUGACCAAGAAGAUCAAAGUGUUUGAGUACGGCACUGUGAUCCAGGAUGCCGUGGACAUCCACUAUCCUGUCAAUGAAAUGACCUGUAAUUCCAAAAUCAGCUGUAUCAGCUGGAGCAGUUAUCAUAAGAACCUUCUGGCCAGCAGCGAUUACGAGGGAACCGUCAUCCUGUGGGACGGAUUCACCGGCCAGCGGUCCAAAGUCUACCAGGAACAUGAAAAAAGGUGUUGGAGUGUUGACUUUAAUCUGAUGGACCCCAAACUGUUAGCUUCUGGCUCGGAUGAUGCUAAAGUCAAGUUGUGGUCAACCAAUCUGGACAACUCUGUAGCAAGCAUCGAGGCUAAAGCUAACGUCUGCUGUGUGAAAUUUAGCCCAACAUCCAGGUAUCAUCUGGCGUUCGGCUGUGCAGACCACUGUGUCCACUACUAUGAUCUCCGCAACACUAAGCAGCCAAUCAUGAUUUUCAAAGGCCACAGGAAGGCCGUGUCCUACGCUAAGUUUGUAAACGGGGAGGAAAUCGUUUCUGCUUCGACUGACAGUCAGCUGAAGCUUUGGAACGUCAACAAACCUCACUGCCUACGCUCCUUCAAGGGUCACAUCAACGAGAAGAACUUUGUCGGACUGGCGUCCAAUGGGGACUAUGUUGCCUGUGGAAGUGAGAACAACUCCCUGUAUCUGUACUACAAAGGACUUUCCAAGACACUGUUAACAUUCAAGUUUGACACAGUGAAGAGUGUGUUGGACAAAGACAAGAAAGAAGACGACACCAAUGAGUUUGUGAGUGCCGUCUGCUGGAGAGCCCUGCCUGAUGGAGAGUCAAAUGUUCUCAUUGCUGCAAACAGUCAAGGGACAAUCAAGGUUCUUGAACUUGUUUGAACUCCUGCCAGUCUUGGGCCUAUCAUGACCUCCAUCCGGGGAUCAGUCGUGAAUGGAGAGAUCGCCUACUGAUCACCAGAGGAGCAAAAAUAAACCGAACCCAUCUGUUAUUUUAUGGAGCUUUGUGUGCAGCAGACAAACGUUGGCGCUUCGCAUCCGUGCAGCAGGAGGAAGAUGUUUGAGCUUUACCGUUAAGGAACUGAGCUUGGGCACAAAACGGAGAAAGGGGUUUUGAGGAAAGCCUUGUUCCUUUUCUGUCACAAUUUGUCAGCUACAAUACAACACCUCUCUUUGGUUUUAUGCCAAAUCUACUUUUUUUUUUUUUU